AUGACAGGUCCUCUAACUUCUCUUUUAUACAGACUCAACAGGCGGCUCAGAGAACUCAGUGAGCUGCUUAUUGGGGCCACCUUCGAUCCGUAUCGUGACAUUGUGCUGGUCACUGGGGGCUGCGGUGGUUUGGGAAAAGAGCUCGUGCUGGUGUUCACCAGGGCCCAUGCCCCCGUCGUGGUAUUUGAUGUCAACUUCCCAGAACCAGAAGACAGGGUCCCUGGUGUCCAUUAUUACGUGUGCGAUGUUAGCGACCGCAAAGACGUGCUGCUGAAAAGUGCACAGGUGGCUGAAGAAGUGGGAACAAUUACCAUCCUGAUCAAUAAUGCUGGUAUCACCACUGGCAAAACAGUCCUUGAUCUCAGUUUUGAAGAAAUCGAAAAGACAAUAGAGGUCAAUCUGCUGUCCAGCUUUUACACCAUUAAAGCGUUCCUUCCGUCAAUGCUCAAGGUGAAGAGAGGAUACAUCGUCACAGUGGCAUCCACCUUGGGAUACAUGUCGCCUGCGCGUCUUAGUGUUUACGGCGCGACCAAGUCCGGUCUCAUUGCUUUGCACGAGUCGCUUACUUAUGAAUUGGGUCCUCCCUCGUUUAACACAACCGGUGUCAAGACAUUGCUCAUCUGUCCUGGCCAGCUGAAGACCAGAAUGUUUGAAGGUGUUAGAACGCCACACACCCUAUUAGCGCCAGAACUAGAGCCCCAGGAUGUGUCUAAAGCCAUUUUCAGCGCUAUAGAGCUAGGAAAACGAGGUGAGAUCAAGCUUCCCUUCUAUGGCAACUUCCUGCCCAUUUUCCGUGCUGUCCCGUGGCCAGUUGUCGAGGUUGCAAGGUAUUUCUCCGGAAUGGACACGAGCAUGAAGAAGUUUGUAGGCAAAACAAUGGCAAUCAAGGAGUCCUCUGAGUCUGCGCUGACAAAUGCGAUCUCCGAAACGGGCUCUAUUAUCUCGGGUCUUUUAGGUUCCGGUGGAUUUCGAGGCGAAGAGGUGGAUCCUACGAAAGAGUUGGACAUCAUUCCAGAGUGA